AUGAAUUAUUUUCGAGGUCAUUUUUUUCAGAUAUCAAGGCAAUAUGAGAUGCAUUUUGUAAUGCAUGAUCUUCUCAAUGAUUUGGCAAAAUAUGUAUGCGGGGAUUUUUGCUUCAUAUUUGAUGAUGAAGAAUCACAUAAUAUAUUGAAAAUGACUCGUCAUUUUUCAUUUUUUAAUGUGGUGUCCUUAAAGUUGAGCAAUUGUGAAAAUAUUGUGUUAUUACCUCCACUUGGAAUUUUGCCAUCUCUCAAGAACCUGUGGAUCACAGGGCUAUCUGGGAUAGUGGUUAUUGGUGGUGAGUUUUAUGGAAAUGGGAGUAACUCUUCUUCUGAAAUUAUUCCAUUUGUAUCCUUGCAAACCUUAAGUUUUAAAGAUAUGAAGGGAUGGGAAGAAUGGGAUUGUAAAACUGUGCCGGGUGCUUUUUCAUGUCUCCAAAAGCUUUCAAUUCAAAACUGUCCAAAUCUAAAAGAGUGUUUGCUUCAGCAUCUUCCGCGGUUAAUGAAGCUUGAAAUUUCUUAUUGCCAACACCUUGUGAGUUUUGUUUCAUUUGCUCCGGCGAUUCAUAAAUUAGAGCUAUUUAAUUGUGGAAAGCUGCAAAUUGAUUAUCAUCAGCUACUUUGCAAAUUCUCAAGAUUGGUGGCAAUUGCAUGGAAGAAAUGUUGCUUGAAUGGAUUGGACACACUUUAUCUCACGCCCCUCUCGAAUCACUCGAAAUUACAGAUUUCCCAACUCUGA